GACAAAUUUGGUUCUCAGUGUAUGCAUCGUCCUGAUGGAAUCUAACUGAAAAAAUAACACGUGAACUCCUGUACUAUAAGAGCGUUGCGGCGCAUGGCGCACGUCCUUCAGACAUCACCGUAUGACGCAGACUAUAAACAUUAAACAGGAGCAACCAGCUGAAUCGCUGCAUGAUUCACUAUUCCCCUCGCACCUCGCACGUUUCUGUACCGCCUUGCCCCUUGUCAUCCGUUCCACCGGUAGUAUCAGACUGCCACUAGUGGUGAACGCGUUUACAACUAACAAUAUCACAAGAAUACUUCGGUUGGUAUUUUGGAUUAGACUUACUUUAGUAGUGACUUGAUUUUAGUUAAGUGCUUGUGCCAGCAGUUGAAAAAUGAGAAUUAAAAGGCCUAGUUCCUGUCUAGUGCUCCGAUUUGUACCUGUUCCGCAACACAGAGAACACAAGGAGUUCCAUCGUAAACAUAAAGAAUUAGAAGAUGACCUUGUUUCUCCAAGAGUACCUGCUGCUACCUCUUGUCCAGUUCUAACGGAUCUUGAUUCCUAUCCUGUUUCAAAAGUGUUACCAUACCUAUACCUGGGUAACAGCAAAGAUGCUGCCGACUUGUCUUGCCUAAAAGAUUUGGGAACAACGUGUGUUCUCAAUGUAACCUCCCAGUCAUCAGGUUUUCAUAAAGAGAGGGGCAUCACUUACAAACAGAUUCCAGCUUCGGAUUCGGGACACCAGAACCUGAAGCAGUACUUUGAAGAAGCUUUUGAAUUCAUAGAAAAUGCAAGGAAGCAUGGAUCAAGAGUUCUUUUGCACUGCCAAGCAGGGGUUUCUAGGAGCGCUACCAUAGCAAUAGCAUAUAUCAUGAAGUACAAACACAUGUCAAUGGUAGAAGCCUACAAAACAGUUAAAGAGGCUAGACCUAUAAUAUCACCAAACUUAAACUUCAUGGGACAGCUAUUGGAACUGGAACAAAGCUUACGGAAUGACAGAAAUACAAAUCAGUGUUUACGGGAGAAUGUGACAGAAUCUAACAGAUAAGAUGUGCUAUUUUUAAGUUAAACACUCCUCUUUAUAAUGACCCGUCCUGGACCACAGUCCAGGUAGAAAUCUACUUUGAAAAGGUGUGUGUCUCAUAGAUGGCGCUGUAACCAACUAUAUGAGCAUAUAGUUGGCUCUGGGCCAUUUAUGAGAUACGAACACACAAUACCGGGCUUGUAGUGGAUCAGUAUGGGUCACUUCAGAGGGGUUUAAGACAUCAGCUUUGAAUAGCUGAGUUUCGAUCUAGUCUUUUAUGUUGGUAAAUUGGCUGUGUUUCAUUAGAUUUAUUUCAAUAAUGUAUUAGUGAUAGUCUAGGGACUGCAGUUUUUGUGUAGAGAGUGCAAGUAUUGUAAUUUUGGUAGACUAUAUUUAUCUAUGUAGAUUAGAUCAUAGGUACUGAGUUUGAUGGUCGAUAUUUCAGAUUCUCAGUGGAGGAAAAAAUAUAAAAACGGUUCGUGAAGGAACACCCCACUGAUAUAUGGAACGGUGGGGCCAGUAUCUGGCAACAUCGUGAAGUAUUUCGUUUAGAAUUUAAAAUGAAAUAAAUGUAGACAGUAAAAAUCUGACGAUGACGGUUAAAACCUUAGAGAAACUAUGAUUUGCUUUAAAAGACUCCUUAUUAAAAUACAUCAUUAAAUGUAACUGAAUAUUUGAAUCAGUAUAAAUGAUAAAAAAAUUGCACAUCACCUGACAAUAUAUUGAUUUUGUGCUCAUAGUUACGCUUGUAUACCUAAAUUUUAUAGUUAUAAAACAUUGGCUAAUCAUAAACAUAAACAUCACUCGGUGAGUUGGCACUUUUCUAACAGCAGAAUUUCUUCUGUUGUACGAUGCCACUGCUUUUAGAGCCUAAUAGAUGCACUAGUCACAUUCUUCAAUUUCCUACAUGCCAGAUUAUUAAAAACGAGAGUUUGAAAUGAGCAUUAAUGCCUUAUUGACUUCUUGGUCAGUCAAGUAGAACCAAAAUGACGCUGAAGUUGACAUCCUUAUUAUUAAGGUAUUUUUGAGAAAUUGAUGACACGCAUUCCGUGAUGCUUAAUCACGUAUUAGACAAAGCGAAAACUUCGCAUAAUUACGUUUGUUAAAUAUCACUUAACAUGAAUCGGCGGCAACCCGGAGCAGAAUUGCUUCAAACAAUUUUUAGACAAAUUACAUAAAAUUGAUUUUUCGCUCCAGACAGAAAUUUUAGGUUUUUUGGAUUACCCUGAACAAAAAAGGUUCUUAGUAACCGUACUAGAAUGUUGACCGUUUAUAAGUUUUAAGCAAUCUAAUUUCUGAAAAUCCCUAAAAAUGCCCAUUUCCAUUCCUUAAAAACUUGGCUGAAAGAUAUUGUUGUUGACGUUACCAUAUAUCUGAAUCAAAGCACAACGACCCCAAAGAGUAUUUUGUGCUUAGUUUAUUUUAAAAGAUAUUUAUUUAAUUGCCAAUGACGCGCGUCCCCUAGAGGGACGCCGCGUGGCCAUUUGCGUUAAUAUCAAAUAACAAUGCUUUAAAGCAGUGGUUACCUUACUUUUUUUCUCAUUGACUACUAUAAACAUUUUGCUGCCUUCAGUGUACCCCUCACCCUAUUACAUUUCGACCAAAUUAGAAAAGCUUUACAAGUGCGAAGAUUAGAUGUAUCGAUGCACAUUUUAAUAGUGGUAAAAGUAACAAAAAUAUUUUCUUAUAUCCUAUUUAUUUCUUACACAUUCACUACCAUACAUUUGCCAACACCGACCAAAAAGCAUAAGCACUAUACAAGGUACUAAAUUCGUGGCACAGUAGUUCCUCAGCCACAUAAAUCUAUAAUGCAGCUGUCAUAUCUCUAGCGCACAAGUUUUAUAAAAUUAUAACUAAGGAUUUAAAAAAAUCCAGAAAUUACUUCAAGAGACAUUGUAUAUUUAGGUCUGAAAUUUAUAAACUCGUGAAUUCGAACAUCAAGUAAAUAAAUACAUAAUCCACUGUGCAGUUGCCGUUUUUUAUAGUUUUUAUUCUACAGUUACAGCUGGAAAUUAUUGGUCCAUGCAUAGGCAAUGCCUCUUAUUGGGCCUGUUUUUAUUUUAUUUUUAUUUACCCAUGUUAUUUACUUGGUAAAAUGAGUGAAUAAAUAUUUUUUUAUGAAAAUAACAAAUUUAAUAGAGAUAAAAUUAAACAUUAAUAAAGUAAAAAAAACGCAACUUUUUCCGCAAUACAAUAGUGCAAAAAAUAUAAUAAAUCAGAAUUUUAUCAAUCAAUAUUUGGCUUCAGGUUUACAAAGAAUAAUCUCAAAUUUCCCCGGUCUGCAAUAUUAAAUCUGCUCCUUUUUUCUGUCAAUAUAUUUGUAACAACACUAAUUAAUAUCCGUUUCAAAUAGGUACGAGGAGAAAAACGCAUAUCAAACUUUACUCGCAGUUUCCCCAGAGCCCAUAAUAUUUUCGGGUAUUUCUGCCUGCUGCCAAACUGAUUGAUAGACUUUUUUAAAUUUCACCUUCAGCUCCUCAGUUCUAAGCUGGAGCAGCUCGUCUCGUAAUACUACAUUUGCCAUCUCAUCAAAUGGGUUUAUGAUCCUUGUAUUUCCAUCAUCACAAUAUCGUCAACUCUGUUCUUAAAGUCAUCGUGCAGGACAACUUUUGAAUAUCCUCAUCAAGAAAUUCUAACUGAAACAAGUUUGGAAACUUGUAGAGAAUAUCGAAUAUACAAAAGUUUGGACAAACCUAAAUGUCCCGGAAGCUAAGGGUGCUAGAAAUGCUUGAAUGGCGCGUCUCGUGGUGAAAGUUUUUAUGCAUCGAAGAUGGCCAUUCUGAGGGGCGUACAGACUUAAUUUAGCUUAUAACUGGAAAACGGUUGACUUCAGAGAAGAGUUACUAAGGAUCUUUUUUUGUUCAGAGUGAUCCACAAACCCACAAUGGGAGGUUUUCUGCUUGUCUGUAUGUGAGUGUCCAUGAUAGAUGGUCCAAUAUCACCGUGAAAAGACUGAUUUAUGAAUUUAAAAGUGAGUGUCACUUUCAAAUGAAAUUGUACAUAUCGACGAAAUGGCGAAAGUUAAUACCUACGUAAUAUUUAAAUAAGUCAUGGAAUAUGUGUAUCCCAGUAUAGCUUAGUCGUCAUUAUGUUUUUGUGUAAAAUUUUGGGAUAGUAUUCUAUUCACAAGUUUAGGGCGAUUGAGGAAGUUCGAUAUUGACUUUAUCCAAAAGUGUAUGCAUCAUUUGCCAAUUUAAAAAAAAAUGAACAGCGAAUACAAAAUUAACAAGUGAUAUUUUUAUCCUUUCGGGGCCUGUAUUUUCAUAGGGCAUUUUUGAAGUCAUGUUUUUCCAUUCGACAAAUUGAUCAUUAAUUAUGGGACAUUCUGUAUAAUCGACCUUUCUCUGUGUACUGCCUAAGUCGUAUACCAUUGUAUGUAUGUAUGUAUGUAGAUAAUUUAUUUAACAUUGACACAAAAUGUUUACCUUUUUGUAGUUAAUCAUUUGGCCCCAUUUAAUAUGACGUGCCUUCCUCACUAUCAGAUGUAUAUAGAUUUUUGAUUGUACAAAUAACGUUGGGCCUAUAUUAUUUAUGUGUAAUCUAUAUAUUAAUAAAGUGUUUGAUGCCUUGAA